AUGGAGAUCUCAACUCCCCAAGUCCUGGCAAGACUGCCUCGUCCUGCCAGACAAGAUGCUGUGACUCGUUUCGGCACCGUGUAUACUGUGCGCGACGGGCUGAAGAGGCGGAGAAAAGAAAUUUGCGUGGCCGUGGAUGGUGAUUCCCUUGGCCUGUACGAGAUCCAGAACGGCACUAUUCUCGCCUCUUAUCCAGUGCCUCCUACUGCUCGCUUUUAUGGACCUCCUUGUUCGAUCCGCGAAGAAUCACAGGCGCUCCUCCGUCGAACGACCUACUGCGCCAUAAAGCGAGACACAUUGCGGAUCGAAUCUUUCCAGACCUCAGGAGAAGACACAUUUCGUGCGGCAUCCAGUGCUAGUGGAGCGCUGGAUGAACAAGAGAGCCCCUUUGUGCUACUUGAGGUGGUGGUGAAAGGCAGGGAAAAAGAGCUUGUGGCCAUCCAGCAAAAUGGAAAUGUUGCAAUUUUCUCCGAAGACUUGAACACCACGUGGUUCAAAGGAAUCCUCUGUUCCAAACGCUAUCCAAAUAUCAAGAUCUUGGCCGUUCAACAUCUCACGAGUUCGGAAGCACGGAAGACAGUGUUAAAGCAGAGGCCGGAUCUGCUCAGCGAGGCUGCCCCCGACAGCGCCUACUUGGCAGUUGCGUUUUGCAAAACCGAGCACUAUGCUAACCUCAACAGCGUGUUCUACGGUCUGUGGUCGGUUGAACCUAUGAAUCGAAACGCUGAGGCCAGGGGAGCAUCGAUUUAUCCCCUAUUUGACCAUGAACUAUCGUUGGGAGGCAGCAAGUCCAAGUCACUCUCGCCGAAGGAUCGAUGUUAUACCUUUAACUCCAGAGCCUCGAAUCUGUUUUUGCGCGCCGGAGACGCCUUUUACUCGUAUGAUUUGACCGGUCUGGUCCCUUCCUUGUCUUCGGCUCUACACACCGGUCUAAACUGCUCACACGAAAUCAUGGCCAUUUCAUCUGCGUUCGCUGUAUGUUCAUUCGAAGAGUCAGUCCAGCUUUACGAUCUCAAAUUUCAGUCUGUGCAAGCUCAAAUCGACGCGAAUAAGGGUAACCUCAAGCGGAAACGCAUGAGAAUGGCUGUCCAAGACCGGAGUGGCCCCAUUGAGUUUUUCGGUUACUUUCCCCAAUCCGCGCGUGUCAUCGGACGGAGGCGGCAUCAACUGCUCGCGAUAGAUAUUUCCACUGGUUCACCUCGACAGCUUCUGGGGACUGGGAGCAAACUUCUCCAAAAUAUCGGACGUGGCAUCAGUGGCCAAGAUAUCACGCCUGACACCCUCGACAAGCAGUGGUCGGCGAUCGGCACCGCGACUAUAACUCCAGGAUCCGGCGUGGAUUGGCGGCCUGUGAGGCAACGUCUCGACCACCUAGCCGAGACAGAUGACGUUGCCGGCUUUGAAAACACCUUCGUCAAUGACAUUCGGCAGACUACGUUGCACUCCCCAGCUCUUAGAGGGACGAGCGAAGAUUUGCCUCCAGACCGUAUAGCGAUCUCGGACUUCAAAAUCAACUAUCUUCUGUCAAAGAUCUUUCAGAUACGGGCAACGCCGAAUGCCCAAGGCAAUACGCCCGACAUAGCAGAGACGUCAUUAGAGGUCCGGGUUCCAUCGUUCAAACUUAUCCUAUGGUUGUGCAGGGUGGGACUCCUGUCUGCUCGAAACGUGCAAAAUGCGAUCUCGAGCUCUGGUUCUGGGACUGGCUUGACAUCUGUUGGUAUCCACGCAGUUGCUCGAGCUCUGCUUGAAGCCGAUUCAUCGUAUGGCUUACUGGUAGAGUGUCUCGAAAACGGAUUCAGCCCAUACGUGGAGGAACAAGCAGCCGUGGUGCAGCUGCUCAUCCAACGAGCUCUGACUUCGUCGUCUGAAACGGUCGUUGCUGAAGCGGACCGCCGAACAGAUCCAGUGGAAGUCGACACUCCCUUGAAUAUCGCCGGCACGCAAGUGCAAACACUGUCGGCGUCAGCAACCGACAACCCGUGGCUGCCCCCUACACUGCAGAGAGCAUUGAUUGCGGCGCUGGACAGACUUAGUGCUGCUGCAACGUCAGUCAUUUCCGUCAACUUGAAAGCUCUGCUCUCCCAGACAGAUGCGCUGGCUCUCAUUCAGUUCUUACGGCAACAGCUCUUUCAAGGGGGCCACACUCAAUCUCUCCAAAAUCUGCCAGUCCAAACCGAGUCUCUGCCGACUGUCAAGCUCGCUACGAAUAUCAAGAUACUGUCAGGCUGUGUCGACGCCAUUGGACCUCUUGGCUUUUUUGGAGCUUUGGAUCACGAAGACUUUAUGGGCAACAUUGUGCCUGACCUUGUGGCAGAGAUUACACAUACCAAGCAGAGUCUGGAGGAUGUAGUAGAAUUGCAAGGCAUCCUCCGCGAGACUCUGAGAUACGAGGAAUCUCUGCGGAAACAACGGGCUGCUGGGGCUCAUGUCGCGGUUUAUGGCACUGGGUUGUCGGUCGCUAACCAGCGUCCAGGGGCCAUAGUGACACUGUACUCAGAAGCUGUUGAGGGGGAAGACGACCUGCAGCCUGGUCCAGGUCUCCCUCUCAGCUUAAAGGUUGAGAAUGUGGUCAGCCCUGUCAAGAUCAGGAAAGGUGGCGGCCAAUUAAAGCGUCGGACUAACCGACAGAAAAAGAUGCUGGAGAGUAGGAACAAAGGCCAGUACUCGUUUGAGCGACUGGCUUUGUGA